GCGGCCGAGGCCAGGAAGCGGACCGAGGCCGCCGGGGUCCCAGCCGUCGGGCCGCCAUGGACGAGGCUGACCGGCGGCUCCUCCGGCAGUGCCGGGUGCGGCUGGUCGGCGAGCUGCAGGUGGCCUCGCUCUGGGACGCUCUGCUGAGCCGCCAGCUCUUCACGCCCGCGAUGAUCGAGGACAUCCAGCAUGCAGGCUCAGGAUCCCGGAGCGAUCAGGCCAGGCAGCUCGUCAUAGAUCUAGAGACCCGAGGGAGUCAGGCCCUUCCUUUGUUCAUCUCCUGCUUAGAGGACACAGGCCAGAAUGCGCUGGCUUCAUUACUGAGAACGAGUCGGCAAGCAGAAAAGCAGAAUCCACAGGCCCUCAGACCCCUGGACCUCAUGCCUGUGAUGGUUGGACCAAUGGGCCUCAAACCAGAGGAGCUCAGAGGGAAGCAGGAUCCAUCAAAGCCGACUCGGGGAAAACUCACUCCAGUGGUGCUGGGGCCCGAGGAGCUCUGGCCAGCCAAGCUCCGGCCGGAGGUUCUCAGGCCAGAGGUGCCUAGGCCAGUGGACAUUGGUUCUGGACCAGUCAGUGAGAUCUGCGCUCAGGAAAUUUCAAAGCGAAAUGCUGAUUUGGCGUACGUCCUGAACGCGGACCCCUGUGGCCACUGCCUCAUCAUCAACAACGUGAACUUCUGCCCCAAGUCCGGGCUCACGGCCCGCACCGGCUCCAACAUCGACUGUGAGAAGUUGCAGCGGCGCUUCUCCUUGCUGCGCUUCGCCGUGGAGGUGAAGCACGACCAGACGGCCAGGCAAAUGGUCCAGGUGUUGGUGGAGCUGGCGCGGCGGGACCACGGUGCCCUGGACUGCUGCGUGGUGGUCAUCCUCUCUCACGGCUGCCAGGCCAGCCACCGUCAGUUCCCGGGAGCUGUUUAUGGCACAGAUGGGUUUCCUGUGCCCAUCGAGAAAAUUGUGAACAUCUUCAAUGGAACCGGUUGUCCCAGCCUGAGAGGGAAGCCCAAGCUCUUCUUCAUCCAGGCCUGUGGUGGGGAGAAGAAAGACCAUGGGUUUGAGGUGGCCUCCACAUCCCCCGAAGACGGGACCCCUGGCAGUGACCCCGAGCCAGACGCUGUCCCGUUCCAAGAAGGCCCAGGCAUCUUUGACCAGCCGGACGCCGUGUCUAGUUUGCCCACACCCAGUGACAUCUUUGUGUCCUACUCCACCUUCCCAGGUUUUGUCUCCUGGAGGGACACCAGGAGCGGCUCCUGGUACGUGGAGACCCUGGAUGGUGUUUUCGAGCAGUGGGCUCACUCUGAAGACCUGCAGACCCUCCUGCUCAGGGUCGCUAAUGCGGUUUCGCAGAAAGGGAUUUACAAGCAGAUCCCUGGUUGCUUCAACUUCCUCCGGAAAAAGCUUUUCUUUAAAAUGUAAUGAGGCCAGGGCCCCUGCACCCUUCGCCCCAGAACCUUCCUGCUCCGGGCCCAGUGGCGGCGGACAAUGGCGGCUGCCACUCUUGGACGGGGUUUGUGGCUCGUAGGGGGCCUGCUCUUUCUCCACGAGGGGCGGACAGGAUCCUAGCAGCUUGCAACUUGGAGACAGAGGACCAGCGACAGAGGAAGAGGAGCAGAAGAAAAGCAGGACACCACAGGACUCUCACCAGUGGCCUGUUCCCUGGCUAGUGGCUGUGGCCUGUGACCCCUGUGUGUUCUGUAGAGUAAGGCUUUUUAACCUCAGCCUGGUUGACAUCUGGGGCCCGAUGUCGUGGGGGCCGUCCCGUGCGUGGUGGGAUAUCGAGCAGCUUCCCUGGCCUCUACCCCCAGGUGCCAGUAGCACCUCCCCCUGCGUCGUGACGACCGAAAAUAUCCCCAGACAUUGCCUGGUGGGACCCCACUUGAGAACCACUGAUCUAUAGGAACCUUUGGUUACAAACAAGCUGGCAUCUCUCUUAAAUCAGCAAGUGUGGGGCUCCUGGAGUCUAAACAGCUGGAGUGUGCAGAUCCUAAAUGAAGUUUUAAAA